AUGACGAAGCUGGACGCUUACUUUACGCCAGCAUUGAACGUGUUUCACCAGAGGACCAUCUUCGAACAGUGCGUCCAUCUUCCAGGAGAGUCCGUGGAAGAAUUUGUUCGGAAACUUCACGCAGCAGCGAAGUUCUGUGACUUUGGUGACCAGAAGGACAACAGAAUUCGAGAUCGCCUCGUGGCUCACAUUCUGGAUCGUCAAGUCGCCAAGGAGUUGCAGCUGAUUGAGCCCGCAAAACUCACCCUCACGGACGCAGUUCUCAGGGCCAGGCAGGCCGAGAAAAUUUCCGGAGACGUUGCAGCGCAAGCCGCCAGGCCGCAGGUCAAUGCUGCAUCCCGCUUUGGAGGAAAGCAGCAAGAUGCAAGGAGUCGCCGCCAGCGCAGCGGCGUUCCGUCGAAGCCUGCACCAACGCCGUCCACGCAGAGGAAGAGCGGCACUGCAGCUUCAACAUGUCCGUGGUGUGGCCACGCUGGUUCGCACAAGAGUAACCGUUGUGCGUGUCCUGCGUUUGGUCGCAAGUGUAAUUCAUGCGGCAAGCAGGGCCACUUCGCCGCCGUCUGUCUUUCCACUCCAGCAACCACGCGUGGUGCCAGAGCUGUCGAAGAUGAAUCGCUCGCGUCCCCGUCGCCAUUCAUGGGUGGUGUUGCAGAGCUGUCAUCCAACGCCAGUCCUUCCCAGUCCAGCGACGCCUGGUCAAAUCUCGUACAACGCCCUGUACUCACACCAUCCACUACCAAACUCCUUGGUCCAUCUGGUGCACCUCUAUCCAUCAAGGGUCAGUUCACUGCAGACACCAUGCACAAGAGUGAACUGUUCUCUAUGGAGAUCGUAGUUAUCGAUGGUCCUGGAUCUACCAACCUGUUGAGUCGCAGAGACUGCCUCCGACUUCGCCUGAUCCAGCGUUUAGAUGCAGCAGAAUCGUGUACCAGCAAGCCAGCACAGCCCAUCGGUUGUAUGGUUGGGCCCCCAGCUGAUAUCAAGCUCGUGGACGACGCCACGCCGUACCACUGUGGUGUUGCCCGCCGUGUGCCUCUGCCUCUACAGGACAAGGUCACAGAAGAGCUCGCACGUAUGGAGGAAAUGGGCAUCAUCGUCCGGGAAACGAGUCCCUCUGACUGGUGCUCUCCUAUGGUGCCGGUUCGUAAACCUAAUGGUCGCGUACGGAUCUGCGUAGACCUAAAGAAGCUGAACGACAACGUGAAGCGCGAGCACUUCCCUCUUCCGACAGUUGAGGACACACUGGCUAGGCUCGCCGGAUCUACUGUCUUUUCCACGCUGGAUGCCAACAGCGGCUUCUGGCAAGUGCCUCUCACGGAGUCUGCAUCCAAGCUGACCACGUUCAUCACGCCUGUGGGUCGGUUCCGAUUCCUCCGGAUGCCAUUCGGUAUAACCUCUGCACCGGAAAUCUUCCAGCGACGCCUGCAGGACUUCCUCUCCCACGUCAAAGGUUCCGAGGUAUUCAUGGACGACGUUCUGGUCCACGCCGCUAACGAAGCUGAACACGACCACCGGCUGGACACAACGCGCCAGGUCCUUGCCGACGCAGGCAUCACUCUGAACCCCGACAAAUGCCACCUCAAGCAGUCGUCAGUCAAGUACCUGGGACACAUCGUCAGCGGGUCCGGUGUGAAACCCGACCCCAGCAAAGUCUCCGCCAUUGACGACCUCAAGGAGCCUACGAAUGUUCCUGAGCUUCGCCGUGCCUUAGGUCUCUUCACCUACGUCGCCAGAUUCAUCCCGGAAUUGGCUACGAUCUCAGCGCCCCUCCGUCAGCUCCUGCACACCGACACUGAUUGGUUCUGGGACUCCCCGCAGCAGGACGCGUUCCGUCGGCUGAAAGAGCUCGUCGUUUCAGCCCCGUGCUUAGUGCACUAUGACCCCAAGCGUCCCAUCAUGGUCAGUGCCGAUGCCAGCAGCUAUGGCAUUGGUGGUGUUCUGCUCCAGAAGCACGAUGGCGACUGGCGCCCAGUAGCCUACGCCUCCCGUUCCCUGACCAAGACGGAACAAGGCUACGCGCAGAUCGAAAAGGAAUGCCUCGCAGCGGUGUGGACGUGCGAGAGGUUAGACCAGUACCUCUUCGGCGCUCCCAGGUUCAUCGUGCAGACGGACCACAAGCCGCUAGUGCCACUGAUCAACACCAGAGACCUGGACAAGGUCCCCAUCCGAUGCCAACGAAUGCUGCUCCGCUUCCUCCGGUACGAAGUCCAAGCCAUACACGUUCCCGGCAAGGAUCUGGUGGUGGCUGACACGCUUUCACGAGCGCCAGCAUCGGCAUCAGUUGACAACGUUCUGCAAGACGACAUCGGCAUGGUUUUAUCAACCACUGCCGAAGAUCUCACAAGUCCAUCCGUUCUCGCCGACCUAGCCAAGGCUACGUCUGAAGAUCCCGUGUUAUCCAGUGUGAUGCGCUACGUCAUCCAUGGCUGGCCUGCUACCGUCCCUGACGACAUCAAGCCGUUCCAUCGUGAGCGAGGCCAGUUGUCUCACAUGCAAGGUGUAUUGUGCCACGGCUUUCGCCUGGUUGUUCCGUCCGUGCUACAGCCUGAGAUCCUCCAGAAGCUGCACGAUGGUCACCAAGGUGCCACGAAGAGUAAAGCCCGUGCCCGCUUCUCGUCAUGGUGGCCAGGUAUCUCUGCCGACAUCGAGGCGUACGCCGCCAAGUGCACUACCUGUAUCAAGCAGCGUCAUCAGUCUCCAGAGCCUCUUCAGACAACUCCGUUCCCCGAGCGUCCGUGGCAGCGUAUCGCAUCGGAUCUCUGUGAUGUCGACGGCCGCCAGUACCUGAUUACUGUCGACUAUUUCUCCCGUUACAUUGAUGUCGCUUGUCUCUCAUCGACUACGUCACGGGCCGUCAUUACUCAUCUGAAGAGCAUAUUUGCUGCCCACGGCUAUCCGGACAUCUUCGUCAGCGAUAACGGGCCACAGUUCGCUUCCGACGCCUUUGCACAGUUUAUGUCGUCGUGCAACAUCACGCAUCGGACCAGCAGCCCGAAGCACCCUCAAAGCAACGGCGAAGCAGAACGCGCUGUGCAGACUGCCAAACGACUCAUCCGUGCGCCAGGUGAUCUACAGCAGUCCCUCUUAGCGUAUCGCUCCACACCCCUGGCCAACGGCUAUUCGCCCGCCGAACUCUUGUACGGCCGCAGGCUCCGCACGAAUCUUCCGUGCCCACCUGAUCUCCUGCAACCCUCCUGGCCAGACAUCACCGCUCUCCGGGCCAAGGAGCAGGAGGCUAAGCAUCGGCAAGAAGAUCACUUCGAUCAACGCUUCGCAGCAAAGUCGCUCUCCCCUCUGCCACUGGGAGCGAAAGUGUGGGUCGACGACAAGCGCGAGGGUACAGUGGUUGAGCAACUCACCGAUCGCUCCUACAACAUCGCCACCUCAUCCGGUCUUCUGCGCCGAAACCGCCGUGCAGUGAAGUUGCUCCAGCCAGUGACUCCUCCCGGACCGGUGCCAGCAGUACCACCGGCCGCGCUAGUCCCGCAACAACAGCCUGUGCCUACGUCACAGCCAACUCUCCGUGCUCGCAACAACAUCCAGCCACCGCAGAGAUUGAUCGCUACCAUAUAA